GCCCUGGCUCCGGCCCUGCACCUGUGACUGUCGCGGCGCUCGCCCUCCCAGCCCCGCGCCCGCAGCCCUAUGGCCCCGUCCCGCCUGCAGCUCGGCCUCCGCGCCGCCUACUCCGGCCUCAGCUCCGCGGCCGGCUUCUCCAUCUUCCUCGUCUGGACCGUGGUGUACAGACAGCCGGGGACGGCGGCCAUGGGGGGGCUCGCAGGUGUGCUGGCGCUGUGGGUGCUGGUGACGCACGUGAUGUACAUGCAGGAUUACUGGAGGACCUGGCUCAAGGGACUGCGUGGCUUCUUCUUCGUGGGCGUCCUCUUCUCGGCAGUGUCCGUUGCCACCUUCUGCACCUUCCUUGUGCUGGCUGUCACCCGACACCAGAGCCUCACGGACCCCAACAGCUACUACCUCUCCUGUGUCUGGAGCUUCAUUUCCUUCAAGUGGGCCUUCCUGCUCAGCCUUUACGCCCACCGCUACCGGGCUGACUUUGCCGACAUCAGCAUCCUCAGCGAUUUCUGACCCACGGGGUGAGGCUUCUAUACCCUGGGGGUCCUCAGGACCUGGACUCAGACUCUGAGACACUGGGCAGGCCUGCCGCACCCCCUGGACACCCUGGAUCUGCGGCAGAAGAAACACUGCAAGAGGACUGCAGUCCCCUAGGAAGCUGUCCUGUCCCCUUUGUGGGACACCUGGGUGCGGUGGAAAGGGGUCCUUCCCGCCAUGUUGCUCCUCAUCGGCCUGGCUGGAGGGCAGCUUUAGACCUUUUCAGAUGGAUCU